UGACAAUGAAGUAAUCCCGACGCAAGAUAUCUGUAAAAUUAGAUACAUGUGUAUGGUGUUACUAUUUAUCCAAUUGAUGACAACAGACAUCAUUUGGUCUUGUGGAGAUCAAAAUAUAUAUAGCAUACAACUAGGACCCAGGGAAAAUCUAGGGAGAGUCAUUUGUGACAAAAGAAGAAAGGAAAUGUCUGCCAAAAGAUAAGCAUUAUAAUGGAUGGUUCAGAACUUUACGAAAGAACAGUAGAGGAAAUUGAAGAAAAUACAGAAAUGUUCGAAACUCCGACAUACACUGGAGAGAUUCCAAACAUUUUCACAAGUGAUGUUGGUGGUACAUGUAAUGGGUUUGAUCAGACAUCUAACGAACAGAUACCCGUCAGUACACCUUCUGGAGAGAAAUCGUACAAAUGUAAUGUCUGUGGUAAGGAGUUUAAUCAGGCCCCUAAGCUACAAAAACACCUGAGUAGACAUACAGGUGAGAGGCCGUACAAAUGUGAUAUCUGUGGUAAGGGCUUGAGUAGGUCUACUCACCUGCAGGAACACAUCAGGACCCAUACAGGAGAGAAACCAUACAAAUGUGAGGUCUGUGGUAAGACCUUCACUCAGGCAACAAAUCUGCAGAGACAUAGCAGGACACACACGGGAGAGAGGCCUUACGUGUGUGACGUCUGUGGAAAAGACUUCAGUCUAUCACAACAUUUGAGGACCCACUACAGAAUGCAUACUGGAGAGAAGCCGUAUAAGUGUGAUGUUUGUGAUAAGGGGUUUAGGGAACCAGGUAAUCUUCAGAAACACAAAGUCACACACACAGGAACGGAAUCAUACGGAUGUGAGGUCUGUGGUAAGGGGUUUACCACAAGUUCUAGCCUUCAUUCACAUAUCAGGACACAUACAGGAGAAAAGCCGUACAAAUGUGAAAUCUGCGAUAAGGAGUUUGGUCGGGCAGAUGUCCUUCAGAGACAUAACAGGACACAUACAGGAGAGAAGCCAUACAGUUGUGAUUUUUGUGGUAAGGGGUUUAGUCAGGCAAGCCAGCGUCAGAAACAUCGCAGAAUACAUACCGGAGAGAAGCCAUACAAGUGUGACGUCUGUGGCAAAAAUUUCAGUUUGAUUCAAAAUCUGCAAACCCAUCUCAGGACACAUUCAGGAAUUAAACCGUUCAAGUGUGAUAUAUGUGGAAAAGAUUUUAGUCACAGUUCCAACUUAAAAACACAUAUCAAAACACAUGCAAAAGAAAAAGAAUUUAAGUGUGAUGUUUGUGAGAAGAGUUUUUCUACAAUAAAUGACUUAAACACACAUAACAUGUCGCAUUCUGGAGAGAAGGCAUUCAUAUGUGGUAUGUGUGAUAAGGGCUUUAGUAGGUCACAGUAUCUAAAAAUACACCUCAGGACACAUACAGGGGAAAAACCGUACAAGUGUGAUAUCUGUGAUAAGGAGUUCAAUGACUCGCGCGACUUAAAAAUACACAUUAGAGGACAUACUGGAGAGAAGCCAUAUGUUUGUGGUGUUUGUGGUCUCGGCUUUAAGCAGUCAUCUAAUCUGACGUCACACCUGAAAAAACAUUCUGAAGAGAAACCAUACGUGUGUGAUGUUUGUUGUAGGGGGUUUAAACGGGCAAAUAAUCUAAAGACGCACAUGAAGAUACACACAGGACAGAAACUGUAUAAGUGUAAUGUGUGUGGUAAGGAGUUCAGUCAGACAGGUAAUCUACAGAGGCACAUGGUGACCCAUUCUGAUGAUAAAGAAACUGUACGUGAGAUGUAUCUGGUGGAGAGUUUGGACAAACCUUCCACCUAUUUUACAGAAACGCAGACGACCUACAAACCAUCUACAUCUCCAGGACUAGAAGGAUAAGGCCAAGCAAAAAAUAUUUGGUGUUUCCGGUAACCCUACCUAUCCUACUCCCCUAAAUCUUUUAAGGCAAUUUUCAAAGAAGCACUGCUAAUGUCAAGAUCACCUAUAUAACAAUAUGAAAUUAUUCUUGAAAAUAAAACUUGCUACCUACCUAUCUUUCCUAAAUUAUUCCACCAUGUUACAGGAAAUGCAUACAUUUUUUUGUCUGGCCUAAUUUAACUGUGUGCGUGUUCAGACAAUUUUUCAAUCAACAGAUCAAUCAAACAUAUUUGGUGUUUCCGGUAACCCUACCUAUCCUACUCCCCUAAAACUUUUAAGGCAAUUUUCAAAGAAGCACUGUUAAUGUCAAGAUCACCUAUAUAACAAUAUGAAAUUAUUCUUGAAAAUAAAACUUGCUACCUACCUACCUUUCCUAAAUUAUUCCACCAUGUUACAGGAAAUGCAUAUAUUUUUUUGUCUGGCCAAAUUUAACUGUGUGAGUGUUCAGACAACUUUUCGAUCAACAGAGACACUCAUGCAAUGAGACAGGCUAGAGAUAGAUGAGAUUGCAUCUAUAGCCUGAGAUGACAUGGUCUCUAUUCCGUCUUUGCGUAUUGCAGAGUUAUCUUCUCUUGGGAGCAGGUA